AGUCUUUAAACAGCAGCGAAGAGAAGUACAUCGUGGUGCCUGCCAGCUUUCUGCAGAGGAGACUAGGCGAUCACCUGCAGGUCACCUGGUCCCAGCCAUGUGGCUGCUUCUACUGCUGGGUGCCUUGCUCUGGGUAGUGCUGUGGUGGUUCAGGGACCGGCAGAGCCUGCCCACCAGCGAUGCCUUCGUCUUCAUCACCGGCUGUGACUCGGGCUUUGGGCGCCUUCUGGCACUGCGUUUGGACCAGAGGGGCUUCCGAGUGCUAGCCAGCUGCCUGACCACCUCAGGGGCCGAGAAUCUACAGCAGAUGGCUUCCUCCCGCCUCCACACCACCCUGCUGGACGUGACUGACCCCCACAGUAUCCAGCAGGCAGCCAAGUGGGUGGAGACACACGUUAAGAAAGCUGGGCUCUUUGGUCUGGUGAAUAAUGCGGGCGUGGCUGGCAUCAUCGGGCCUACACCAUGGCUGACACGAGAUGAUUUCCAUCGGGUGCUAAAUGUGAACACGCUGGGUCCCAUCGGGGUCACCCUUGCCCUGCUGCCCCUGCUACAGCAGGCCCAAGGCCGAGUGAUCAAUAUCACUAGUGUCCUGGGUCGCCUGGCAGCCAAUGGUGGAGGCUACUGUGUCUCCAAAUUUGGUCUAGAGGCCUUCUCUGACAGCCUGAGGCGAGACGUGGCUCCUUUUGGGGUCCGGGUCUGCAUCGUGGAACCUGGCUUCUUCCGAACCCCUGUAACCAACUUGGAGACUUUGGAGACCACCCUGAAGUCCUGCUGGGCCCGGCUACCUCCAGCCACACAGGCCUGCUACGGGGAGGCCUUCCUCACCACAUACCUGAAAGUGCAGCGACGCAUCAUGAGUCUCAUCUGUGACCCAGACCUCACCAAGGUGAGCAGAUGUCUGGAGCACGCCUUGACUGCUCGUCAUCCUCGGACCCGCUACAGCCCAGGAUGGGAUGCCAAGCUACUCUGGCUGCCCGCCUCCUAUCUGCCAGCCAGCCUGGUGGAUGCUGUGCUCACCUGGGUCCUUCCCAAGCCUGCCCAGUCAAUCCACUGAAGCCAGACUUGCAGCAAGAGUCUGGUUUUCAAAGGCAGGGACUUCGAUUUCUGUCCCCUUCCUGGUUCUGGUGAAUGCCUGGCACAGAAUGGGCACUCAAAAAAUGUGUGUUUUAAAAACAAAAGUUCAAUGAAAGACUAUUCUACUGCCUUGACCCAACCUUUCUC